AAUAUUGGUAACAAUAGCUUCAACCACAGCUCCUUUUUUGCACCUGCAAUUCUAAUCAUAUAUACAAAAUACCAACAUUUCACGCUUAGUGCUAACCGAGUAUUUUUAGGUCUUUCUCUGUGGUCCCAAGUACACACUGCGCACACCUUUCACUUUCACUUUCACCUAUACCCACCAUGACGUCUUCCCUCUCAUCUCGCCAGGAUCUUCUGCCUGAGUCGGACCACUUCAGGUUCCGACUCUUCGCUCUACACCACCUCAACUUGCUCUACUCCACCUUAACUUGUUAUACACACCCCAAUACGCAAGUAUCAUGGCUUCAGCUCCUCUAUUCUCAGACCUAACAUCGUGCCUCAUCUUUACACCCAUGGACACAAGUCACCUACUCUCAAGUUUGACAUGUUCCCCCUUGUAUAGGCCUAGGCUGGAUUUCAAGCAACCGUACUUUCCAAUCAAUGGUUCGAGUCCACUACGCUACGAGUACAAAGUGCCGGGCGCAUGGCCUGAUGAGACAGCUACAUAUGAACUUGAUACUCCCGGAAAGUACUGCAAUGUGUCGGCCAAGAGUAAUACAAUUCUUUAUGAAUCAUCCAACUGCUCCUGGAAACCAUGCUUGCCGCCGACAACCUCUGUAGACCGCUAUACUUCCGCCUCUCCGCAAGACACCUGGUCAGCGCCAAUCGCACUCAAGCCCUUUCCAUUGAGAGAUAGUGAGGUCUUUGAGGACGAGCAGGAGGACCCAGAAGACUAUGAUCCUGAGUACGCAACAUACUUGUUAUCCGACAUGGUCUAUCAUCAUGAAAAGGAACAACGCCGUGAAAACGAAGAGAUGUAUCGUAUCCAGUGCGUGACGAGAAAGGAACGAUACGUAGAAGACGAGCCGAGGCAGUGGCUAGGCGAGAACCUUGUUACCGGCGAUGUGCGACGAGCGAUCAGAGGCCAAGAUCGGACAAUAAGAGCCAGUGAGGAUAAGAAGAGAUGGAUGAGAGAUGGGUGGGAGCGAGAUGGCCAGACGGAUACAAAAUUGACAAUGGGUGAGGGGACGCCUGCUGAUGAUGGGCAUAGGAGCAUGCAGAGCUAUUUUGUGAAGCAAUCUUGGAAGAGGAAGAGAGGGGCUGAAGGAUACGAUGGAGAUGUGAGAGACGAGAUGAGGUUGGCGAAAAGACCGCGUCGAGUAUCGAGGGGUAUUAUGAAGACGUACUAUAGGAAAAGAGAGAGGUAUAUCGGUGCCAAGGUGCAUUGAGAGAUAUUCGACGACUGGACCUACUCGCCAUGUAUACGCCCUCCCUCGAACGUAUCCGCAAAAGUCCGAGUAUAAAACCGAAUGCGCUGCAUGGCAAAUGCUGUGUAACGAUGCUAUGGGUCGCCAUGACCUGAGGUCAGAAGCCUCAGAAAACGGCACGGACACACACCGAGCUGUACAGUUUAGCAAAUGACCAUGCCUACAACCUUGGAGAUGG